GGCAGCGGGGGCGGCGGCGGGGGCGGCGCGAUGCCCAGCGUGAAGCAGGAGCGCGCCGACGACUCGUGCGUGCCCGGCGCCGCGCGCUCGCUCGGCUCCAUGCAGAAGGUGCCUUCGCUCUCCGACCUCUCCGACCCCGAGAGCUCCUUAGAUGUGGUUCUCUAUUUACUUCCAAUACGCCUCGUCUCCAGAGAUGUGGCGUUUUGCACCAACGUGCGCACGUCGGACAGCUACCGGAGACGUGUCCAUUUGGAAAUAACCGCGCGCCAAUUGUCCUCGGAGGCCGUGGAGUUUCGCAGCAGCAAUUGGGAGAAUGUGUCCCCUGUCCGGCAUGUCAUCCGCGAGGCGAGGGACCGUCGCCUGCGCUGA